CACAUACUGGUUAUGGUUUGUUACACAACGAUGGAAGUGUAGGGUUUUUUUACACACGUUAACGUGAUUCUGCUCUCGUAUUAAUAGUUUUACGUGACCUUCAAGGUCACAGAAAGAUAUCCAACACUAAAUCAUAUUGGCACUCACGUGCCGUCUGAAAAUUAUACUUUUCAUAUUUUAAGCGUUGGACUUGAUUUAGCACGCUACUUUGUGUUGAUUGAUAAUCAGCUUGCAAUAGGAGCUGAGUCGAAUUUUACCCACACUUUGGACAUUGCAAUGAAACUGUUUCGUGCGUCAAAAAUGAUUCGCCAUAUUGCACAUCAGCGAAAUUUUUGCUCUUCGGCCGCUCGACAAGGUUCCGAGGUUGUAAUUUUGAGCUCUGUAAGGACAGCCAUUGGGUCGUUUCGUAGCAAACUUGCACCUUUGUCUGCGACACAGUUGGGAUCGAUUGCAAUCAAGGAAGCAGUGUCACAAAGUGGUCUUGAUGCUGAGAGUGUCCAAGAAGUUUAUAUGGGAAAUGUAUGCCAAGCUGGGUUAGGCCAAGCUCCUGCUAGACAAGCCGCUCUCUUUGCUGGGUUAUCAAAGUCAACGCCAUGCACGACUGUUAACAAGGUUUGCGCUUCGGGAAUGAAAAGCGUAAUGCUAGCGGCUCAGAAUAUCAAGUGUGGCGACCAAGACGUAAUGGUCGCAGGAGGAAUGGAAUCGAUGUCUAAUGUCCCCUAUUACAUGAAACGUGGCGAAAGCCCUUAUGGAGGCGUGACCUUGGUGGACGGUAUAGUAUUUGACGGCCUGACGGACGUCUACAAUAAAUUCCAUAUGGGGAACUGUGGUGAGAACACUGCAAAGAAGUUGAACAUUAGUAGGCAGGAACAGGAUCAAUAUGGAAUUGAAAGCUAUAAGCGAGCCGCUAAAGCCAUUAAGGAUGGAGUGUUCAAGACCCAAAUUAUUCCGGUUUCUAUUCCACAGAAAAAGGGCAAACCUGAUCUGGUCAUUACGGAAGACGAAGAAUACAAAAGGGUGGAUUUUGAUAAAUUCACAAAGUUGGCCACCGUAUUCCAACGCGAAGGAGGAACCGUAACCGCUGGAAAUGCAUCUAGUUUAAAUGAUGGAGCAUCCGCGAUGGUCUUAGCGUCAGAGUCUGCGGCUAAAAGAAGUUCAGUUAAACCAUUGGCUAGAAUUGUUGGUUACUAUGAUGCUGCAACUGACCCUAUCGACUUCCCAAUUGCACCCGUCUUCGCAAUUCGAGGACUGAUUAAAAAAUAUGGAAUCAAGAAAGAGGAUGUCGCGAUGUGGGAAAUUAAUGAAGCCUUCAGCGUGGUUGUAUUAGCAAAUAUUAAAAUGCUGGAUCUGGAUCCUUCUAAAAUAAAUAUUCAUGGUGGUGCUGUAUCGCUUGGACAUCCAAUUGGAAUGAGUGGCUGUCGUAUUACAGGACACUUGUGCCAUGCUCUCAAACCCGGCGAAUAUGGCGUUGCUUCUAUUUGUAACGGUGGCGGAGGCGCAUCUUCCAUCUUAAUCCAAAAGAUGUAAAAUCUAAUCAAACCAGUCAAUCAAUUGACUAGUGUUUUAUUUUUGUAUAGCUCUAGUAUUGUCAUAUCCAAUCAACUAAUUUAGCCGCAAUACAGCAGAGUAUUAAAUAUUUGACCAACAUUUUAUUUUACUGAUAACUUCUUAUCAAAUUAUUUGCUAACAAUAUUUAAAAAUUGUCUAAAGUCUAUUAUUUUAUUCAACAAUGGAAUGUAGACAACACAGUUUUUAUUGGAUAUCAUCAGCCUUAUUUUAACUCGCAUUUUGGACAAAUGCACAACACUAUGAUUUUUUUUCAUUUUUAUGUAGGAUAAGUUUAACCAACAGUUUAUCAUAGCUGUUGCAUUAUUCAUUCUAUUUCUGGAAGCAUUGCACAAUUUGUGCAUUCACCGGACCAACAAUUGACAAUAAAUUAGUAAAGCAAA